UCAUAAACAGAAAUGGAAGAGGACAUAUUAUGCGAAUGUUGAAUUUGUGUGUAAAAUUCUUCUCUUGUUUUGCGAUCGGAAGUAGAUUUUCAACGACAGUUUUGCAGCCCCAGAUACCGGCAAUCGGAUCGAUUAUGUGAAACAGACGAGUGCGCGUUGGAUAAGUUCCUGGCCACGAACGAAAAAAGGACAGUUUGGAAGAAGCGCCAGGUUUUUUUUCAGUACGGACAAAGUUUGACUUUUACGAGGCAAACGCUCGGGAUUUCUUGUGCAAAAAUAAUUGAAGAUUCGUUAGUUGGUUAAGGAUGUGGCCAAUCAAGCUGGACAUGACCCGGGACGAAUGUCGCGGUGUCCUGCGACGGCUUGAAUUGGAGUCCUACUCGAGUGUUAUGAGUACAUUUCGUGCGCAGGGAGGACUGUGCAAGGAAAAAGCGCGGAUUCUCGACGAGCUGCGGAAGCUGUUGCAUAUUUCCCAGGAUCGGCACAAGGCCGAAUCCCGGCGGGUGGCCAACGACGAGCGGCUGACCACGGUGGCGGAAAUAAUAUCUGGACCAAACAGCGUUCAGGACUGGUGUCGCGAAGGUCGCCGAAGCUUCCCUAUUCUUCCCCGAACGGCUCCCUAUACAGCCUUGACCUAUAUAGCCAACACCGUUUGCGAACAGAUCUCCAGGGAGAAUGCCAAACUACCACAUCCCUUUGAAACGUCUCAACAUAGGCUCGAGAAGGAGCAGGAAGAAGAAAAGCGUAAAGUGCUAGAACAGCAAAAACAACAAGACCAGCAGAUGGCGCAAACACCGCUGAAGCCAGAAGCGGAACCAACGGUUGCUUCUCCAAUACCCACGCCGGAACCAGCCAAACUAACACCUCCACCGUUGGUGGUCUCGAUGGAUCCGUUUGUGGAAGCAGCUAACAAGAGUUAUAUAAAUAACGAUUUGAAAAGGUCGUACCCGGUUGAUCCGAGCCCGACUACUCCCAGUAUAGUAAAUUUCAUCGAGGAUGACUCCCCGUUAAAAAAGAAACCCCAGUUGUAUCAAGAACUUCAGAAGCAGGAACCCUCAUAUCAUCCACCUCCUAUUGUUACUUUCCAUACGCAGCCUUACACUCCGCCGGUGCAGGUGCAGCAGCAAGUGCAACUCCAAUUUCCCCUUCCGCAACAACCUUUAUCCCCGCAUAAAGCCCUUUUGUCCCCUAACAACUUUGGACCAGUUCCCAUUAACAACAACAAUAACAACAACAACAAUAAUGUCAAUGCUAAACCCCCAAAAGGAAGCAAUAAGAGCACCGAACGACAACGUAAAACAUCUGGUUCAUCUAAGAAGAAUCAAAACAAAACAAAAACUCCAUAUCAGACAAGCAAACAAUCGGCGAAGGCUGCCAAGAACAUGACCCAACAACAACUGCAGCAACCGGUGCCGAUUCAAGCCAAGGUGACUGGUGGUGCUAAAGGAAACAGCGUGGGCAGUCCGCACCUCAUCCACUCGUACGCGAGUCCACUGCUUCCAUACGAAAUUCCUCAACAACAAAGUGGUGGCACAGAAGCUAUCCAAGAACCGUUGCAACUGCAGAAGCACCUUACUUCGAAUAUUGUCUAUCAAACGCAACACUCUGCUCAGCAGCAGCAGCAGUCGUACGGCGUGAUGCCUGGAGCUCCACAUCAACCACUUAUCGGAUCGUACAACGUUCAACAACCACACGGUCAACCCAAUGCCAACUUGCCAGCUAAUGCCGUGUACGGUCAACAGAAUCAAAUACUCCCGUCAUCUAAGAAGGACAUCCAGUACAAUCUCACCAAACUGAACCCUACCAACAACAUACCGGUCAAGAACAAUGUCAACAUACAACUGAAAUCAUCAAGCCCUUCGUUAAUGCCAGGAAAGGGUCACCCUCUUUUGAACUAUCAAAAGAAAUCCCCUUCGAAAAAUGUGCUGAUCCCUACUUCUUCGGCAGCAGCUACCCUAGCCAGUUUAGGGAUCCCGAAAUCAAUCCAUCGGAAGGACACAACUGGUAAAUUUCGUGAAAACGAUCCUAUCAUAAAUCCGGCUGAUAUUCCGAACCCGAAAAUUAUAUUCUCAACAUCGGCUCCAAUUUCCCACCACGAGUCGACUAGCCAUAUAACACCAGGAAACCAGAUUACCAUUUUAGAUCAAAUCACGUUGCAUCCGCCGAAUACGAUAAUUCAAACAUCGACAUCGGGUGGAGUAACGAUUAUCCCUCCAACGUCACAGCAUGCAUCUCUGACCACCCACAUCGCUCCCAAUCCGCCAACACUAAUUACGAACACGAUGGCAUUGAGUGUGCCAAUAUCCAAACCGAUCACUACGCCUGUUACUCCGGUCACUAACAAGGUGGUUACAUUGAAGGGACCCAACCUAGCGGGAUUUACACCGGUGAAAAGUGGCAGCAAGCUAUCCGUACACAAACUUCAACUGAUGCCGAUUGGGCCGCCCGGAGCUAAAAACAAUGUCAUAGUUUUACCCGUUAAAAGUGCAACCAGCGGCACUCUGAAUCCUGGACAGAAAAUCACCAUCCCGAAGAGCGUUGUUGAUACCAAUGCUCUGUCUGCUGCUAACAUAUUAAGUCCCCCCAAAGUGAUCGUCCAACAGCAACCAGAUCUGAAUAACAUUGUAGUCUUCGACAUAGCGUCAGAUCAAAAGCUCAAAACCACCCUGCAACAAAAACCUCCUCCUGCGAAUAAACCCGUUAUAACUGAGGAUACUCCGGUCGACAUUGUUUCAACGCCUCUGGAUGUAGUCACGGGAGCAGUCAAGCUUCAGGAACUCUCCAAAGGUUUCCUCUCACCAGCUUCCUCCUCGGCAUCGGGCUCAAUCGCAUCGCCGUUGACAGAAAAAAUGGUGAAACCCCAGCAAUCGCAAUCAACUCCCCAAGUAGCUAUCUCUAAGUACCAUUCAAACAACAGUGCAAAUGUUACAAAAGCAACAAAAUUUGAAGCGGACAGCACUGCACCGGGACCUUCUGUCACGGUCACUAAAAAGACCAAGGCGAACCAUCAGGGAAAAGCUGCAGCCUCCACGAGCGCCGCCACCGUACAAAAUAGCAAAACAAAAACAAAACCCACUGCGGCUGCAGCUAGUUCCACUACGGCUGCAGUUGAUCCCGCCAAAACGAGAUCCUCCACGAUGAGCUCAACCGAUUGGGAACUCGAACUGGACCAAGCAAAUCAAGUUCACAACCGUAAAUCAAACAACGUUAUCCCUAGUACUGUUCAAAAACCUGCCUCCAAAUCCAAUCCUGCGGCACAGCCGGUAGCAAUAGCUCCCAAACCAGUCGUUACCGCUCCCAACAGUACUGUCCGAAAAACAUCGCAACCCCUAUCAUCCAGUUCCAUCAGUUCGACAUCGACCCCGGUUGUAGAAACCCCCGUUCCCAGUGAUACGACGAGGCUCCCUAUUCAUCGGCCUGUGGCCCCAGCACCAACAGUCCCGACGACACCGACAAAUACCGUGACACCAACAUCGAAAGCCGCACCACCACAUCCUCCGCUGAUAACGACAUCGCCUCCGAACGAGCGAAGCGAUGACACCUCGGCUACGGAUUCGGCCGACGCCGAGGAGGAUCCCGAAGUGGAAGAAGAGGAAGACUGUCCGGAGGCGAUCGAGGAGGAGAUGAUCAUCGAUGAGGAGCACUUCAACGAGGUCAUCGAAGAAGAUCCCGAUCCAGACGAGGCAUUCAACGAGCAGGAGAUCCACGGCGAACGGGUCGAGAUCGUUAGCGUCGGCUACGACACAUCGCGAGCGCUGAUUGCCGAUUUGGAAGGGGCAGAGAGUGGUAGCCCGGUGCUAGUACAGGAAGGUGCCAUCGUGUAUGGCAAAGCCGGCAACACCGGUGUAGACCCAUCUAGUAUGAAUUUCGAACAAUACAUCGAGGCGGACGCCGACGGCGAUGGGGCAUCCAGCGAGGUUCUCUCCAGAACAACAAUGGUCCCGGCGGUGGGUGGCAGCGGAAGCAGUAGCAACAACAUUAUGUUCGAAAUGAUGGAGAUCGAUGCCGAUGGCAACAAGCACACUCGAACGUUGUCGUACGAGCAGGCACUGGCAGAGGGGCAGUUUGUCGCUGCGGAAGAGUCAGUCAAAAGUACCGGAAGCACGUCAGGAUCGGGCACGGUCAAGGGUAAAACGAAACCGACGCCCUAAGAAGGGGGCGGUUUAUGGAUUCAUAUUAGGAAAUUUGUCGCAGAUUGCAGCGCAGCACUCAUUAUGAGCAGGCCAUAUAUUACACUGAGAUGCAGACAGUGAAUUCCUCGCCAACGAUGCAGGGUCACCUACCAGCAUCGAUCAAACUAUGAAGGAGAAAGCACACGGUUGGCUUGAACACUUUCUUUUUGCUUUUUUUUUUUGAACGGAUUUUACUAAAAAUUUCAACCUUCAUAGGAAAAGCAGACACAGAGAAUAUCUUGUUACUAGGAAUAGUGUUGAGUAUAUUUCUACAACUGGUUUAGGUUUUUUUUUACAAACUGAUAAACAAUUGUAGCGUGUGUCCUACUACUUAUAGUUAUUAUUUCUCUAAUACGUAUUCAGUUUGAGAGCAUUGCUUUAUUGAUAGGCGUUAAGGAUUAAACUUGUUUAAGAAAAUGGUAAAACAAAAUAUUACACAGGAAUUCUGGUGGCAAGUUGUUAAGUUUUUAAAACGACGGAAAAUAUAGAGGAUUGCUAUUAUUAAUAUAAUGAUUUAAUAAGGCAAAUCUGCAUAUUUUAUUGAUUUGUUAUUUUCGUUUCCGUGUUAUCAGACUUUAUAGGUGAGGAAUAAAAGAAUGUUUCUUUUCAGGCGAACGAGUGCGCGUUCCAAUGGAGAGUUGCAAUUUCCUAACUUACUUACCAAGAGUUUAUCCCUGUAUAAUUGUCAACCGAUAGAUUUCGGAUACAACUUCGAUUUUGGCGAAAAUAAAUGGGUAUAACCUUAGUUAAGCUUUCUAAACGCUAGAUCUCAAUGGGAAUCCUUUAACAAUGUUUUUUUUUUCGCGAUUCGACACAAACAUCCUUUCGAUUUGUUUUCCGAUAUCGCAUCACUCUCUGGUACCUAAAUGUAAGCGCAGUUAGUAUACAGAUUUCAUCUUUAGUAAAAAAGGCAAGGCACGCUUUCAUUGGAAUCGCACCCGUCGGUAUGAUUGCGCGCGUUGAUUUAACAGUGUACAAUGUUGAGAAAAGUAAGCAUAAGCAAACACAAACAAAACAACUUUUUGUAAAUUUGCUGUACAUAGUAGUGAAAGUAAGGCAUCAUAGUGGUUUGAAAACAGUUGUAGUUAAGCGAAAUACACAUUAAACACACAUCCCUAGCAGAUGUCGAGUGCAUACAAGUAUAGGUAUUCAGUAAUGGUGGGUCGAGUAGGAAAUCCAGGCAUUAUUAGUUAAUUGCAGCUUAAAACUGUUGCCUGGCAUGCUGUUGUCAGUUUUUCGAACGUUUUCGGUUGUGUAAAUGCGGAAAAUCUCAUACGAAUAUUAAAUUGUCGGCGUCAGUUGAUUUUGUUUCACGCACAUCCACCGAAUGCUAGAUUCGGGACAAAAUUCACACUUUAGGCAUUAAUUGAUUGUGAUUACGAACAUAACGCUGUCGAAAAAAAUCAGUGGAAUUUUGUACAGAGAGCAAAAUCCCAAACAAUUGGGCAUACAAUUUAGGCAAUGAGGGUAUAACUUCCUCGCAGUGAAGUUUAUAAGUAAGAAUUUGAAGUAAAUGAAAACAAAUCGACAAAAGUGUACACAUGUUUUUAUAUAAUCAUAGGGUCUCUAGCGAUAAGAAAAGUUUUAAUUUAUCAUCUAUCGAAAACUGAAAAGAAGAACAACAUCUAUGUUUGUUUCAAACAUCCACACACCUUACACAAACAUAUACAAAAGCAUUGGAAGGCGAAACACUGGUGAAAACAACUAUUUUCAAAUCAAAAAGUAGAACUCACAAAAUUGUUUCCGAACGUGAAACGUUGGUUGAUUUCAUGAAAACACGACAAAGAAUCAGAAAAGCUCUCCGGACAUAAGAGAAAAUUACAAAAAACAAUGAAAGCAAAAGCAUUAUGAAGUAAUUUUUAAAACAUACAACAAUAUUUAUAUAUAUUGAUAGCGAGAACUCUACAAGUAGUGGCAAAAAAGAUGUAUGAAAACAUUGUAGCAAAGGCAAGUGGAUAUUAUUGUACAUUUGAUCUUUUUGAAAAGAAAUAAAAUUUUAAUUAAUGAUA